AUGAAGACUUUUAUCAUCUUUGCUCUCUUGAGUCUAGCAGUAGCUAGUUACCCAGAAGUUGUUCUAAAAGGAAACCAGGAUUCAGAUGAAUAUUUACCAGAAAAUUUUAAUGUCCCUUACAUGGCCUAUCUGAAGUCCAGCCCAGAGCCUUGUGUUGGAACUCUCAUUGACCCUCUGUGGGUGCUCACUGCUGCUCAUUGCUCCGUACCAACUAAAAUCCGACUGGGAGUUUACCGACCCAACAUCAAAAAUGAGAAAGAACAGAUACAUGGUUACUCAUUGACUGUAGUCCACCCCAAUUUUGAUGCAAAUAUCCGGAAAAAUGACUUGAUGCUGAUAAAACUCUCAUAUCCUGCUACUAUCGACAUGUAUGUGGGGACUAUAGCCAUAGCUAUGGAACCAAUGGUAUUUAAUGAAACCUGCUUUAUACCCACAUGGACCUGGAAUCACUACAAUAACUAUAGUGAUCCUGACACUUUGACAUGGACAAAUCAGUAUUCUCGUUCCCCAAGUGACUGUUGGAAUACUCUCCAUCAACAGAGACAAGAAACGAGAAUAAACAUCAUGUGCAUAGGAGGACAUUCAUUUAAUGUUAAAUCUUCAACUAAGGAAGUCUCAGCUGCUCCAGCCAUCUGCAGUGGGAGAGUGCAUGGAAUACUGUCCUGGGGGAAAGCAGGUAUAACCAACGGAAGUGAAGGCUUCUUCACUGAAGUUCAUCCUUAUGCAAGAUGGAUCUUAAAAGUGAUGCAUUCACACUGA